AUGGCGCACGUUUCGACCAUGAUGUCGCGUAUCUCGAUCACGGCGCCGCUCCACGCUUCUCCUCAUCGUCCCGCGGGCGCCGGCUCGCGUCGUGCGGCGGUGACGGUUCGCGCGGGCAAGGGCAAGGGCGCCAAGUACCGUCGAGGCGCCGACGACCCGUACGCGAAGGAGAAGAACAAGGAUAAGAUGGAGAAGCAGACCAAGGCGAAGCAGAGCGCGGAGGAUGGACCGCUGAACUCCGUGUUUUCAAAGGAGGAACCCAAGGAGGAGUAUUUCCUGUUCGUCCGUAAGCUCAGGGUCGACGGGUCCGGGGCAGCCGCACCCGCCGCCGACUCCGACGCCGAAAAGAAAUCCGUCGACGAGGGAGAGUACUCCAGCGCCAAUAUCGGCGCCAUGUUGGGCAUGAAGGGGCCGAACACGGAUGGAUCCGGGUCCAAAAUUUCCAGCCUCGGUAACUGGCUGCCAUUGGGCGACGUGUCGAUCGAGGCUGGCGGGGAUCUCGACGUAGUGGUGGCGGAGCGUAGGCGGAUGCUGGUGAAGUUCGCCAAGGUGAAGCAUCUGAAGCUACUCCCGGUGUGCGCCGAUGAGAAGCUUGAGUUCGGCGUGCGAGUUCAGCGAGGACCGCCUCGUGGCACUGACCCAACCGCGGUAUUUCCGGUGGCGACAGACGCCGAGCACGAGGAGCUGGUCUGGGACCAUGAGACUAUGGGCGAGGAGGGGAGCGUUCGCGCGGAGCUUCGGCUGAUGCAGUCGCUGCCAAGCCUCGGCAAGGGCAAGAAGAACGAGAUGCUAUCCUCGGCGAUGGACAUGAUCAAGAGGCAGCAGGAGCAGGCCGCGGCGAUGAAAGCGGAGCGAGAGAAGGUGGAUGACGCUUAG